AUGGACUACACGCAGUACAAGGGCAAGCCCUUCCAGAUCAUCUCAAAGAUGCAGGUGCGCUACUCUGGCGUACUUGAGGAUCUCGACCAGGAGACCCAGACCCUGUGUCUCUCUGAGGUUUACAACCACGGCACCGAGGACCGCCCCUGCCAGCGCGCCCUUCCCGGCUCCAACGUGUCUCUGGGAUGGGUUCGUUUCCACACCAACUCUAUCGAGUCGCUCGCCCUUGUGGAGAACUACCAGGCUCCUCGGAACGAUGACGCGCUGGUUGACCCCAUCCUGGCGUCUGUCAGCCAGACGGGUCCUGGACGCCAGGCUCCUCCACCCGCUGGACUUGCCUCUCUCCCCCCCAAGCCUGUCGCCUCUGCUCCCUCCAAUGCCCCUACCGACCGCGGCCAGCGCCCCGACUUUGCGGACAGCCGUCGUCGCCAAAAGCCACAGCCGCCCGCUGUCCCCGACGCCGAGUUUGACUUUACCAAGGGCAACGAGGUUUUCCAGAAGGAGCGCGAUGCGCACAAGUAUGCCGGCGACGUUCCCCAGGCGACUGAGAGCGAGGCUGUCGAGGUCGGCGAGCCCGAGCUCCAGCCGCACCCCAGCGCGAUUGCCAAGUCCCCCGUCCUUGACAGGCCUGAGCGCCAGGCGCCCGCUUACAGCAAGUCGAGCUUCUUCGACAACAUCAGCAACGACACGUCGCGUGUCAGCCGUGCGGACGAGCGUCACCGCAACUUUGACACCUUUGGCGAGGCUGGAGGACCUGACAACGCUGGUGCUGGUAUGCGCACUUAUGGUGGCUAUGGCCGUGGAGGAGGCUUUGGAGGAGGCCAGCGUGGUGGAGGCCAGCGUGGUGGUGGUGGUGGUGGUGGUGGUGGUGGUGGUGGUAGGGGUCGUCGCGGUGGUUAUGGGCAGAGCCAGCAGUAUGUGAACAGCAGUCAGUAG